GUCUGUCUUUAUUCCAAAUACUCAUUUGUUGAAAGUCAGAAUCACAUGUGGAUAAUAUUUGAAAGGUCCAUUUUGGCAAAAAAGGAAGAAGAAAAGAUGAAAAAGAAACCCCUUAAAGAAGCGUCACCUCCCGUGAAAGGGAGUUGGAAGCGUAACAGCGACUGUAUUCUGUUCUGUUCUGUUCUGUAUCUUCGAAAUCUAGAAGCCAUUAAUGCACUCUUCACACCGUACGGAUCCACCAGUUCUUCACACCAGACGCCAUUAACUCUUUGUCACUUCUCUCAUUUCUGUUCUUCCAUCUCUACACUAAACCCAUUUCUCUUCAACCCUCCAUUUUCCCAUCUGCGUCGCCUUCUUUCUCACCGCCAAGUUGGGUCUAUUUCUUCCUUCAGAUUCCCGCCUACGCCUCGAUCCUUCGGUUUUGGCUUUGUUUUCUGGUGCUGUCCUGCAUGGAUGUACGUAUACAGUACAGUAUGCAAUGUACUUGUCGGUUUAACCAAUAAACGCUAUCGUAUAGCCUAGAAGAUGACAUUCGACUGCAGGGUUUAGAUUAGAAGAUGCCUCUAUCUUCAGAUCAUAGACAGGGGUGGUGAAAAAGUUAGUUUUGAAGCCGGAACUCACCUGUUAGAGUAGCCAGCGAAAGUUUUUAUUGCUCAAAAUGAUCAACAGACCGCUUGUUCUGACUUACCUGUAUCUUUUCAUCUACAUUUUGCUAUCAUCUGGAGUUAUUUUGUACAACAAGUGGGUGCUCUCCCCAAAAUACUUCAAUUUUCCUUUGCCUAUUACACUUACAAUGAUUCAUAUGGGGUUUUCUGGUGCUGUUGCAUUCUUUCUUGUUCGUGUGUUCAAGGUUGUAUCUCCAGUCAAAAUGACUUUUGAAAUAUAUGCAACUUGUGUCAUCCCAAUCAGUGCAUUUUUUGCAUCAAGUCUUUGGUUUGGUAACACUGCCUACUUACACAUAUCUGUGGCCUUCAUUCAGAUGCUUAAGGCUUUAAUGCCAGUAGCCACAUUUUUAAUGGCUGUUGUGUGUGGUACCGACAAGUUAAGGUGUGACGUUUUCUUCAACAUGUUGCUGGUCAGUGUUGGGGUUGUCAUUUCCUCAUAUGGCGAGAUCCAUUUUAAUGUAGUAGGCACAGUUUACCAGGUCACGGGUAUCUUUGCAGAAGCUCUCAGGCUGGUCUUGACGCAGGUCCUUCUACAGAAGAAGGGCUUAACUCUAAAUCCUAUCACCAGCUUAUAUUACAUUGCUCCAUGCAGUUUUGUUUUCCUAUUUGUUCCUUGGUACUUGUUGGAGAAGCCACAAAUGCAAGUUACUCAAAUUCAGUUCAACUUCUGGAUCUUUUUUUCAAAUGCGCUGUGUGCCUUGGCGUUAAACUUCUCUAUUUUCUUAGUAAUUGGAAGAACCGGAGCUGUUACUAUUCGAGUUGCUGGUGUUCUCAAGGACUGGAUACUAAUAGCUCUCUCAACUGUUAUAUUUCCUGAAUCUACGAUAACAGGGUUGAAUAUCAUUGGCUAUGCAAUUGCAUUAUGUGGCGUCCUCAUGUAUAAUUACAUAAAGGUCAAGGAUGUUCGUGCAUCUCAAGUGUCUUCUGAAAGCAUUCCAGACAGAAUUGUAAAGGACUGGAAGUUAGAGAAGAAGUCGACAGAUAUAUUCACGUCAAAUAGCAACGAUGGCAAUGGUGGAAAUGGUCUGUCUGAUAUGAAUCUCGACGAAGAGGCACCUUUACUGUCAUCAAGGUUGUCGCAUAUUGGUCGCCUGCAGUUUGGUAACCACAACCGGUAGUGAUAUAAAUAUGAAUAUGAAUCACCAGGAAGGAAAAAGAAAGAUAGGCAAUUAUGAGUCCAUUUGAUUUUGUGGCAAUGCCUUCUUCUACAUGGAAUAGAGGUGUUGGAUUGGGACUUGGAGCCUUGUUAUUGGCAUAUAACAAUGAGCUCCUGAUUUGAAUGUAGUAUUUUAGGACAAUUCUUUUUAUCAAGUCAUGUAAUUGUAUUCUUUGGAUGAACCAGAAGCUUUAGGGGCAGUAAGUAAACUUUGCAGUCUUUGAUCCA